UCCUCCGGGCCGCCGCCGACGCUGCGCCCCCCUUUUUUCCCCUCCCGACGGAGCGAUGCGCCCCACGGAGGCGCUGCUGCCUUGGGGGCUCCUGGUCUUUUGGGGCGCCCUCCUGGCCCGGCAGGUGCGAGGCCUCCGGCACAGCGUCUACUGGAACGCCAGCAACCCCAGGUUCUUCAAUUCGGACGGAGGGUACACUAUUCAGGUGUCCAUCAACGACUACUUGGAUAUUUACUGUCCCCAUUAUCAACGGGCGUUGGUCCUUGGAAAGCCGGAAUCCUUCACGUUGCUUAUGGUCAACGCCGAAGGUUACCGAGGUUGCUACGAAACGCCGGGAGCCUUCAAACGGUGGGAGUGCAACCGUCCGUAUGCCGCCUACGGGGCCGUCCGAUUCUCUGAGAAAAUCCAGAGGUUUACCCCAUUCUCACUGGGCAUAGAAUUCCAGAGCGGCCGGGAAUAUUACUAUAUAUCUAUCCCUGCACCGGAGAGUCCUGGCCAGUGUUUGAAGCUACGCAUUUUGGUCUGUUGCAAAGCUACCACCACUGCAGACCCCGCAACGGAGGGGCCCAAAUCUCAGCCCCGAGGGAGAGGCGGUCCAGAGAAAGCAGUUGUCCUUCGUGCACACAGCCCUGCCCCGAUCCGGCUUAGUGUCACCUGCCUGGCUCUUCUGGUGGUGCCCUUUUUCUGGCUCUGACUGGAGGGGAUUUGGAUCGCGUGCCUCCCCCAAGACUCGGGCCGGUUAGGGAGCGCUGACCCCCGCUGUUUAUCCCCGCUCUGCGAAGAUGCUGACCGAUCGCUUGGCACUUUAGAUUUUGCCGAAGACCGACCCCGCCCCCUCCUCAAUUCCCCUUCAAUUGACCACAAAGCUGCUUUGGGGACGGAUGGACAGAUAGCGGUCCCAAAUCCCGAAGGAAGACCUCCUUAAACCCGGAUGAUCCUCUCCGCUCCCAUUCCCACGCCGGAGGAUCUUCGAGGAGAGCGCGUUGUGUCUCGUUCCCACCGGAUGUCAAAGCUGUGCGCUUUUUCUUUUUCUUUUUUUGUCGGCCUCUGGGACUGGAUGGAGACACCCCACCCCAGCCCACCCCGCGACUUCCACCUCCCACCAAGCUGGCUUCCCCCACCCCGACAAGAAAAAAUCCAGAUUUGAGUCUCUUCCGGAUUUUAGCCGAAGACGAUCUCUCCGGGAUCCUACACCAAAGACAAGAGGUUCCUCCGUUCCCCCGUGACUCCGUUGGCAAUCUCCGAUGACUUUAAAACCCUGCUGCUUAAAUAGAGGAGGUUGGCUUUGUAUACCCCCGCCCCCCACAAAAUGUCCUCUUUUGGGGCGAACAUUGCCCCCACCCCCCCAAAAAAACAGCCUUCUGGUCCGUGUCAGCCUCCCUGGACUUUCCGUUCUCGAUGAGAACAACCUGACGGACGGCUCCGUUUUUUUUUUUUUAUCUUCCAUGAAGAAAGCAGCUUCCCGUAGCUGGUGCGCUGCUCUGUUUUUUGUUUUUUAAUUAACUGUGUUUUUAAAAUUUGGUGGUCCCUCCCGCUGAAUCCGGGAUCAUCGGGUGACUGAGC